AUGUGGAAGUCAAAGCAGGACUCCAGAAGAUCCCAGUGCUUCCCUCCCAUCUGCGACACUGGUAAUUUAAGCCAGUGGAGACUGAUCGAGGGUACUAGAGCAACAGACGCUAAGGACUUAAAGAAGAAGUUGCUGACCACUCAUCCUAGAACUCGAAAAGCCGUGGCCUCGAGCUCGUAUGAAGGCAGACAUAGGUUCCUGGAAGUGGAAGAACAGCUGCAGCAUACGGACCGUUCUCGGACCUCCGCAGUUCGCGGCACAAUGCACAAUUAG